UUAAAAUCUAACAUCAUCAUGAAAAUAUUAAAAUAACAUAUUGAAUUUCAGUGUUAUUUCUGGAUCAUAUUGCAUUAAAAGUGAAGCGUAGCGUGCUUUUCUCGUAGGUCAUGUUUAUAAAGCCUAGGUGAAGAUUUAGAGCUGUAAUUUUACUGGAGAUUGAUCAAGCAGAUUAUGAGAGAGAAAGUCAGUGAACCAUUUCUGCAGCGUUCAAUACAUCCACAGAUGCAGCGCUCUGACCGUGAGUUAAAUUGUGCAAUAAGGCCUAGAAUACGGCAGAGAAAUGUUGCCACUCAAGACACUGAUCAAAGAUUUGGACGGAUACACUAUGAAACUAUAAUUGCCCCAAAAGGACAAGCUCUGAAUACAGAAAGGGGAUACAGUGAUAUGGGCAGAGAUAAUGACAAUACAAAACAUUUUGGGGAAUCUGGAAGACAUGCUACAAGUAGUAUAAGGAAGUUGUCUCGUACAAGAUCCCCAAGAAGGCAUUCAAGAAAGAGUACUCCAAUAGAAGUACAAGAUGAAAAUCACAAAUGGAUAUUG